UCCACGAUACACACACCAAUAAGAAACACGGCAUUCUAGUGCGCGCGUCUAAAAGUGUGUCAUCCGAACCACAAAUCGGGCCCUUACAGUGAUAUACUACACUAUAACGGACUACCUAAACACCCUUGGAUUACACCAGAAGUGACCGAAAAAAUUUUGUGAAAAUUUUCGAAAAUUUUUCGUUUGUUCCGGUUGAACUAGACACUGACCUACUUCACAUUUCGGGGGUGACCUGGAUUUUUUCGUGGUUCAAAACUGUCAAAAUUGAACUGAAAUUGUGAAAAUCUAAGUGAAAACACUGGAAAACUUGUGUAGAAUAGUUGGAAAAUUGCGUGUGCUUUUGUGACCCUGAUCUUGAACUUGGAGGAUACUCUUGGUUGAAAAGUUGAAAAUUGUGUGAAAUUUCGUUUAUGAACGUGGAAAACUUGAAAGUUUUGGUAUAUUUUGUGAAAUUUAUGUGAAGAUUUUCGUGAAAACUGUGAUUUACUGUAAGUAGACCUACUGUGACGUAUAAAUACAACUAUAUUAUAUCGAAUACAUAUACUGUAGACUGUGUACUCAAAGUUUUAGGUGUUUUUGAAUGUUUUUCGGUCAAAUAUUCGAUAAACAAGUCCAAUAAUCAAUUUGAAAAUCUUCACAUUCUAUGACAAUCUGUGAAUUUUGUCAUCCAGUGUUUAUCAUACUCUCCAGUAUGGUACGUUGGAAAAGUACUUUGUGAUAUAGAACGUCUUGAAACAGUUGUAAUUCCGUGAAAAGUGUUGGAAAACUGUCGUGAAAAUUCGUGGACUACUUUGAAAAGUGUUCCGAGUGACUGUUCGUGGACCACUGAGUGUUUUUCCAGGAGGAAAACUCAAUUUCCCAUCAACAUCCAGAGGAAGUUUCCAAGGCAGAAAUCGUCCAAGAAAUCCCAAAAUUUCUUGAAUUUUAAUUUUCGUCUUUGAGAGCAGUCAACCACCACCAACUUCCACCCUCAAGUUGACCCAAAAUCCACCAAAAACGAAGAGGAAGAAGAAAAAGAAGUGGAGAAACUUGACAUCUAGUGGAUUCUCCCCAUUUGUCUCCAAAUCUCGAGUGAAGCAAAGGUGCGACCUCCACAAAUUCCCUCAGCGGGUUCUGGUAGAUUCUCCCCAUCAAUUGAUAAGGUGUGCACUCGACAAAUUCCCUCGGCCGACGUGAUGUUGGCCACGUGACCGCGCCUGGGAUCGGUGACUGCGUCAGUGACUGAGUCAGUGACUGAGUCACGCAGGCCUGGAUCCCCCGUGGUUGAGUCCGUCUCCCGGGAACAUGAAAUUCCCCGGAGCCGAUUCGGACGUCCUCGAUCCUCUGCUCCUCUCCUCGUGGACCAGUUCAGCCUCGGACCACUUCCUCGUCGAGGGUGCAACCAGUCACAAGCUCGACGAUGAGGACGACGAGGACUCCAAACCCGACAUGGAUGAACUGGAUCUACUGCUGACCUCGUCAACAACCGCCAACAACAAUAGCUCCUCGGAACCAAACAACAACCGGUUGGCAGAGCUGAAACCGUUGCCACCCUUCACAGGGUACACAGGGCAUCUGAGUAUCAACGGGAUUUCAGGACAUCAUUUCCACACAAUCGCGGCCGCUCCGAGCCCUCCAAGACUCCUAGACCAACGCAGCAACUCCACGGGUACCAAUGGAUCAAGUUCUGGAUCAUCCAACAAUGGAUCCGACAUCUCAGAACCUGUCUACUACACCACAACCACAGAUCACCAAGUGGUGUCAUCCUCAACCAUGCCUGAUGUCUGUCUGGAUGGUGCAAUCAUCAAAGCGGAGCCGGAUAUGAGUUUUGGGAAUCCUGAAAUCGAUGACAUAUCAAAACUGAUUGGGUUAGCGAUUGCGGACACAACAGUACCCUCAGCAAAUGACACAUCAAGGGAUAGCUGGAUCGACAUCAACUCGAUAGAGUCCUGGUUUGAAGGCACCAUCGAGAAUGCAGGCGUGGCGACUUCGGUGGCCUCAUCAGGUCACAACAAAGCGACACCAGUGGUGAGCAAUGGCGCCGGUGGUGGGACCACCUCGACACAAUCUGUUGAUUCAGCGAUUUUGUCUGAAACCUUGCAGGAGUUUGUGAAUCUACAGUUUACUGUACCUCAAGUCAAUGCACAAACCCUGUACCAACAGAGUUUGAAACAGAGGGAGAACUCAGGGUACAUGCCAAUUCUACAAAGUCGUCUCACAAAACCUGACACCUUAGCAUACAUGGUAGCAGAGUGUACCUCCCCUUCAUCAAGUACAACUCCUGGGUCUUAUCUCGCCCACAGUCCUCCCUCACACGUGGUCAGCACCUCGGACCUUCAAGUUCGCUACAACCCUGUCCACAGCUCUACAAGACCCUCCCCGGAGUUACAGGUGGGUUUUCCCCAUAACACCCCCAACAAGAAGUCAAAGUCUCGCAACAAAAAUAAAGCACAAUCUGCAGCUGCGACAUCAACUGUGGUGUAUGCUGAGGGUGCUAUGGGUAAGGAGAAGCCGAUUCAUAGGUGUACAAUUUGUAACCGGGGGUUUUUGAAUAAAUCUAACAUUAAGGUUCACCUGCGCACACAUACCGGAGAGAAACCGUUCAGGUGUGAAGUUUGCGGGAAGGCUUUCAGGCAGAAGGCUCAUCUCAUCAAGCAUGCGCAGAUACAUAAGAGAAUUGGUCGAGAUUAGUGUGAGGUAGGCUUAAAGUGAUACAGAACUUGUACAUUUCAUUGAAUAAAUCACGGCUUUGAGAUAGAGCUUGGAGAUUAGAGUGAGUUAGUUUAAAGGUUUCAAAUCCCUUUGAAAAAAUCACUGUUCUGAGAUAAAGAGCAUGUUUAAUACAUCCUUUGAGAAUAUGGUUUGAACAAAUUCUAUGGAUUGCAUUGAGGCUAAUAGGUUUUCUAAUUUUAUAACAAAAUCAUGGUUCUAAAAAAAGAGCUUGUUGAAGAUAUUUUUGGAAAAGGGAUUUAAGAGAAUUGGAGUGAGGAUAUAAGUUCCUGAGUGAGAUUUUAUUUACUUGACAAAAUUACAUAUUUUUCCAUUCCACAUUGAUUAUUUAUUUCACUUCAAAUCUCAUUUAUGAUUUUUUUAAAAUCUACUUAGAAUAUACUAUUCUCAACUCAUUCAUUAUCAACGUCCUCUUUCCAAUUUGAACAGUAAGUUAGUUAGUACUUGGUACGGUGUCUAUUUACUUGAAUUAGAAGAAAUCCCUAAUAUUACUAUUGAAAUAAUCAAUUAUAAAUCAAUCUAAUAGAACUUACGAAAGGUAGCAAGAAGUUUUAAAACUUCACACUCAAUUCAUCUCCUCUAAAUAUUCACUCAUAUAACAUCAUUUCUCGAGAAAAGAACAUUAUGAAUUCAUAGCACUAUGAAUUCAUAAUAUUUUAAUGUAAUUAUUAAUAUAAUGCUGAAUGUACUAUAGUUCCACAUCUAAGUUAGAUGAUCAGUUCUGUUAAAGCUAGUUAAUGUUUUAAUUUAAAUUAUUUAUUGAAAUUAGUUGCUAAUUAUUUAGAUGGUAGGCUAAGUAUUUUCGUAUAAUGAUGUGAUCAGAUUUUGUGUAAUUUUGUAUUAUUUGGUGUCUAGAUUUUGAGGGUUUGCAUGCUAAAAAAAUUGUGGACUAUUUUUGCUAACUUAGUCCCAAUCAGAUUAGGUUAAGACCAGAUAUGAGAUAGAAUCUACCCUGAGAAUUAUUCAAAUUUUACAGGGAACUACCCCGUUAACUAAAAUUUCAGCCUCUCGUUUUUGGAUAAGCUAUGAGAGAAGUUUCACAAGCCAAUGACAAGAUUUCAAUCAGCCCUUAGAAAAAAGUUGGAACCCUCAAAGAAAUAGAGUCUCAAAUGAGAGCUACAUUCAUCUUUAUAUUAUGAAAAUUGAGGAAUUUAUAAGAAUUGCCCUUAGAUAUUGGUCCUGAAGAGACCAUUUAUUUCAUAGAAUGCUUUCCUCAUUAUUGAAUGAAAUUGGUGCAAAAUUGAUUCAUCCAAAACUAAACAAACCGUGAUUUGGUUGAAUUAGAAUCUUUAAAAUCAUUCAGAUUAAUCAUAUGAUUAAAAAGCAGUCGUUAGGUCAUGUCAGAGGCCCUGAAAUUGAUCGGCUGCGACCUGAAAACUCUGACACCAGACCUGCGCCAGCCAGGUCUUUCGAUAUUAUCUUUAUUGUUAAUAAUCAUCUUUGAAAUAAAUCAUGAAUCUGCUACUACUUGAACUCCUAAUACUAUUCCUCCAAUCAAUGUGAUAAUAUUCUCACAAUAUCCAUGAAAAUUUAUCUUAUAAUUAUCCAUAAAUUCAUUAAAAAAGUAUUCAUUCAUUCGUUGAAUCUAACAUCCCAUAAUCUUCUUCAUCAAUUCGUUAAACCAUUCACAAAAACAGAGUAAUUUUCGUAUGGUACUAUAGUGAUUUUUUAUACGGUACUUUGUCAGAUAAGACUGAAAUAAUAGAGAUGAUCUAUUAGACAGCUGUACAACCAAAGUUUAAUACAGAAUUUGAUUAUCAAAGUAUGACCUCAAUAUUGUAUAUUAUGAGAGGGAUAUCAAGCAUAGAUUUUGUAGUUUUAUAUCAAUUUUAUAACGAGAUUAGGCUAAAUUAUGGGUUGAAGGCAUAAACUGUUAAGAGACUGUCAUUUCCAAAAAUGUUGCUUCGAUAUUAAUUCGGUACAUUUAUCAUGAGCUAUUAAGCUAGACUUGAAUUGUUUCAUGAAAAGUUCUACUAAUUAUAAUAAAAGAAUAAUCAGUCU